AUGCCACUUACUGCCCGACAACGAAGUAUUCACAAUAAGAAUGGAGCUAAACGUACUGCUAGUUUUACUAAAGGCAGAAAAUCGCGGAAAUCUAACGAAGGAGAAUAUCUGUUUACAAAUGCACCAUCGGACCUUCGAAGUAUAGCAUAUCCUGGAGGAGCAGUGGCCCUAGCACUGCUCCUGUCUGCUCGCCUUGCAUCUGCUUACUGGGGACAAAUAGCAGACUGUGAUGAAACUUACAAUUAUUGGGAGCCAUUGCAUUAUUUGGUGUAUGGCAGUGGUCUUCAAACAUGGGAGUACAGCCCACAAUAUGCCAUUCGUUCAUAUAUGUCCCUCUGGUUGUUUGCUGUUCCUGCUAAAAUACUAUCGUACAUAAUGACUCCUGUGUCUAUAUUUUACACUCUGAAAGCACUACUGGCAGUGUUGACGGCUUGUUCUGAACUGAUGUUUUAUAAAGCUGUGUGCCACGAGUUUGGAGUCCAUGUUGGCCGAGUAUGGUUGUUCCUGAACCUUCCAGCGGCUGGCUGCUUUGCUUCAUCAGCUGCAAUGUUACCGUCGUCUUGGAGCUCAGCGCUGGUGACGGCGGCCCUCGCUUGUUGGUGGCGACGAAGAUAUCCGCCUGCUAUCGUCCUUAUUGCUGCCACUGUACUACUAAGUUGGCCAUUCACAGCACUUUUAGGUGUACCAAUAGCGGUGGAUAUGUUGUUAUUUAAAGGACUUUAUAAAGAAUUUAUUAAAUGGUCAAUUAUAUCACUGGUCAUAAUUCUUCUCCCUACCGUUGCUGUGGACUCGUGGCACUAUGGACGUUUUGUGAUCGCUCCAUGGAAUAUUGUAGCAUAUAAUAUAUUUACCGAACACGGUCCUGAUUUGUAUGGAGUUGAACCGUGGACAUAUUACUUUGUGAAUGGAUUCCUUAAUUUUAAUAUUGUAUGGGUAUUAGCUCUGUCGUGUCCCCUACUACUUGUCGCGUGUUCUCUCAUAUCAACUCGAUCGUCGCGUGCGUCGUUCUGUAUCCCCUACUGGCUCAGUCUGAUGCCAUUGGCCUUAUGGCUCGCCGUGUUCAUGAUGCAGCCUCACAAGGAAGAAAGGUUUUUAUAUCCUGUGUACAGUAUGAUAAUACUCUGUGGCGCGAUUUCCUUGGACUGUCUUCAAAAGAUGACCUUCGCUGUGGGAACUGAACUGCUUCGAUGGAGGAAGGAGAGGGAACGACGACAUUAUCUAGUGUACACCGGGCCACUUGUAGUCAUGUGUGUCUUAUUGGCUGGACUGUUGAGUAUAUCCCGUAUCAUAGCGCUACACAGUCAUUACGGCUCGGUUUCUUCUUUGACCAGUCACGUGGCCCCUACUACUAGCGCCAACGACGUCGUGGUGUGUUACGGCAAGGAAUGGUACCGCUCGUCUUCGAGUUUCCUAGCUCCUGGACACGUGAGGUUCAUAGCUAGCGAGUUUGAUGGACAACUACCAGCGCCAUAUACUUACGGAGCUAAUGCAACCCGCGUGAUACACCCGUACUUCAACGACAAGAAUAGAGGCGAUAAUCGCACGUACCUACAACCGUCCGAAUGUCAUUACCUUAUAGACUCAGACACAGGCAAACCGACGAACCUACAACCACAUUACCACAAGAAAGACGAAUGGGAGAUAGUAGCAAGAGUCCCGCUACUAGACGCUAACAGAUCACAUAAAAUAUUCAGAGCCUUUUAUGUGCCCGUCUUGACUAACAAGAAUUGCGUUUACGCAAAUUUGUACUUGUUAAAGAACAAGCUUAUAGAGUUUUAG